AUGCCCCCGCCACUUCCACCGCCUGCUGCUCCACCUGCGGCAAGGCCGGAGGGAGCCUUGGGCACUCCGAAGUUUGAGGGUUCUCUUAGCCCGGAGGCAGCUGAAGACUGGAUCAUCAAGAUCACUCACCAUUUCAACUACAUCUGGUUAGAGAGCCAUCAUUUGGCUGACGCGGCUCGCCACUGGUGGGAGGAAGUUGUACGUGAGGCUCCCGUAGGACACCAAUUCUCGUGGGAAGAGUUCCGGGCAGAGUUUGAGCAGAAGUACUAUCGGAGGCAAGAUCAGGGCCACCGUAUUGUGGAAUUCCUUCAUCUUGAACAGGGUAACCUGACUGUUCGAGAGAGGAGAAUCGAGUGCCAUGAGUACCCUACGUUGAGUCAGUACAUCAACCAACUCGACAAGGUGGAACGGAGUGAGAAAGAGAAGAUGGACGCCAAGAUACAUGACCGUGGUCCAUACAGGAGGCCAUGCGCUAAGUGUGGUCGAGACCAUACUGGACCUUGUGGCUACACCAUGACAUGCUACCGUUGCGGUCAACCGGGGCAUUUUGCUGCUAGAUGCACUACGAACAUAGCUCCUCAAGCCAACAACAAGCCACCGCGCCCAGCACAGAAGAGAUCGGAUAUUGCUCCGAGAGUUUAUGCUCUCACAGCUGAGGAAGAUGCUCAGGAGGAGUCAUACACAGUGGAGGAGCCGUUUGAUGCAGAGCCGUUGACUACCUACGAGGCUACUGAUAAAGAUUAUAUGGAGGAGGCUGACGUUGCCGCUAUCACACGUACCAUUUGCAUACAUGAUGUUGCAUGCAUCACUUUGUUUGACACAGGAGCUACACAUAGCUUCUUGAGUGAGAAAAAGGCAGGAGAGUUGUCAAUCAUGGAGAUCGAUACGACUACACAUUUUAUGGUGUGUACAACUCCGCGACAGACUCUUCCAGUACCGGAGAUUUUACAUUGCAUGCCCUUUACUAUAUGUGGGAGCAUGUUGACUGCAGAUCUUAUCGUCGUACCUAUAUGGGGUUACGACUUAAUAUUGGGAAUGGAUUGGUUGUCGAAGCAUCAAGCCCAGAUUGCCUGCCGCCAACAAACUAUUUGGUUCACUGAAGAGAGCGGAGGAUUUGAGUUCAUUGGAAACCGGUCACAAAAAGUGUAUCCAAUUAUAUCAGCUCUGAAGGCUAACAGGAUGAUCGAGAAAGAGAAUGAAGCCUUCCUAGUUGUAAUCACAGAACCGGAAAAGCAGAAGCAAAGCUGGAAGACACUGUUGUGGUUCGGGAAUUCCCCGAUGUGUUUCCUAAUGAAAUACCUAGACUACCACCAGAACGGGAGGUAG